CCGAGCCACACACACUCUGAGUGAGGCUUGGCACAGGCAUCGCACACACAGUAAUCAUGUCCAGUGGAGAUAAAUCCAAGACUUCCUCCCAGACUGACGGAAAGGCUGCCCAGAGCAAGAAGUCUGAGAUGGGAAUGAUGUCCUACAAGAUGUACGUGUUCGACCAGGAGAACUUCCAGGGUCGCAUGAUCGAAAUCAGCAAUGAGUGCAUGAAUGUGUGUGAGAUGGGCAUGGACCGCGUGCGCUCCCUGCGUGUUGAAUGUGGACCCUUCGUGGGCUUUGAGCAGAUGAACUUCUGCGGUGAGAUGUACAUCCUGGAGAAGGGAGAGUAUCCCCGCUGGGACUCCUGGAGCAACUGCCAGAAGAACGACUACCUGCUGUCCUUCAGGCCCGUCAGAAUGGACCCCGAGAAGCACAAGAUCUGCCUGUAUGAGGUUGGAGAGUUCAAGGGUCGCAAGAUGGAGAUCAUGGACGAUGAUGUCCCCAGCCUGUUCUCCUAUGGCUUCACUGACAGAGUGGGCAGCAUCAUUGUCAGCUGUGGAACCUUUGUGGGAUACCAGUUCCCUGGAUACCGUGGCAGCCAGUACCUGCUGGAGAAGGGCGAAUACAGGCACUUCAAUGAAUAUGGCGCCCGCCAUCCUCAGUUCCAGUCUGUGAGGCGUAUCCGUGACAUGCAGUGGCACCAACAGGGCUGCUACACCAUGGCCAGCAAGUGAGGCUCAGGGAAGGAGAGAAAGAGAAAGAGCGGAGGUGAGGGAGAGGGGCGGAGGAAGCGGGAAAGGGGGAGAGACGUCUGAGGCCUUUACCUUAGUGCCUUAAAAAGGUCUUUGAUCUAAUGCAGUGAGGGGAAGGGUGAGGAUCUAUGUCUGCCCCUGACUGGAGAAAACACCUCAGUGGAAGGGCCAGCUGGACCACAAAACCAUCAGACCACCCUCCAUUCCUCUCUGUUUCUACUUUUCUCUUUCUCCCCUAUGGGCUGAGCUUUGCUUUCCCCCCCUUUUCUUCUUUUAUUUUUAUUUUUAGUCCCUCGCUUCAUUCCCCUCCACAGACCUCUGAGACACAGUAGAGGGAACAGAGUGUCUCUUACUGUUUUACACACACGAUUCUCAGCUCAGGGUAUGAUGCACCAUGGGAAACUGAGUCCUUAGAGCCCCCUGCUCCCUCGUCUUCCUGCCCCUGUGCAUUGCACACCCUCUCUGCUGUACAGAAU